AUGGCGGAAGGCGAGAGAAAGGGGCGACCCCCUCCUGGGGCGAGCGCCCACCUGCGCAAGGCGCACGCGCGCCAGGGCAGCCUCGACGUGCGCGCCACCACCCUCGCCAGCCCCGCGUGGCUGCCUGCCACGGCCCUCCACCACCACCACAACCAGCAGCAGCAGCAGCAGCAGCUCCCGCGCCGGGUGGAGAAGGACGACCACACGCACGAAGCGGGGGACGCACGAGGCGCAGGUGCCGACAACACAACAGCGUCGCCCGGCGGUGGCUGCACCUCCGCCGCUGACCCUGCCGCGGAGCUGUUGGCGGAGGCGGCCACCGUCCUCGUCGCUCCUGCUCACGCACGGGCGGAAGCGGCAGUGGACGAGCGAACGACCACGGUGGUGGAGGCGGCGGCGGUACAGGAGGAGGCAGGAGGAGGUCAGCCGCCAGUGGCGGCGCAGACGGGUGCGACGCUGACCGGGUCGUGGGAGUGGCUUAUGCCCCACUCGGCGCGCGAAAGAGGAGCCCAUGGCCCCACGCACGAGCCUGCCGGCGAGGCCGGGGCGGCAUCGCGGCGCCAGUGGAUCGCGGCGUCGCGGGAGUGGUCCCACACGUUCCCCGCCGCCGCCGCCUCCAGGCCCACCUCGUCCCUCGCGAGUUCCCCCGGCAGCCCACCUACCGCCGCCCUCCAGCAAGGCCGCCUUCGCCCAGCAAGGGAGCACGACGACGACGACGACGAGGAUUCGUCGGGGAGUGCCACCACCACCACCUCGGAGGAGGAAGAGGAGGUGGACUCGAGCUCCGACGACGACGACGACGACAGCAGCGGAGACGACCGGGACGACAGCAUGAGUGAGGACACGGACGUGGACGACAGCGAGGCCUCGCAGCUGGCCGAAGUGAAGGUGACGUUCUUCUCCAUCCCCACGCCCUCCUCCAUCUCCCCGACGGCCCGGCCCCUCCAUGCGCCCCUCUCCAGCGAGGUGCUGCCGGUGGGCUCGACGCCGCUCGGGAGCAAGCUGCAGCAGCGGAAGCAUCUGCGGGAGCGCUCCCUCUCGCAGCUCUCCCGGUCGUCGGCCGCCGUCACGUCGUCGUCCCACCCGCUGCUGUUCGCCAAGGUGGCCAUCUCGCCCUCGUCUCCCUCGCUCCUCGCCCACGCCCUCAUACUACCCCAGCCGCCUCCCAGCGACUGGGCGCCCGCCUCCCCCUCCGCCUCGCCAUCGAGCGGCGGCCGGCCCAGUGGCGCUCACAAUCUCGAGGCCGCUGCUGAUGGCGACGUGCCACCCUCAUCGCUGACAGCCACGCCGUCCGAACCGGCCAGAGGCAAGGGGGACGCGGCAGCAACGACGGCGGCCCCCAAAGAGCCGCCGGCGAGCCCGGGCAAUAGCAAGCGCAGCAGCACCGACAUGGACGGGUGGCCGCCGGAGAAGGAGUUUAUGCGGGCGUGUGUGGACCGGCUCUUCGCCGGGGAGUCCCUCGAGCGGGAGGACCUGGAGCGGAUGGCCGCCCUCUUCAGCGCCAAGUGGGGCCGGCGCUGCUUCUCCCUCGCCCUCAACCAGGCACGCGCCAAAGAGGAGAUCGCCCUGCUCGAUGGGCCGUUCUGCGACCUCUGCGCCCUGUUCGAGGCGGCCCUGAUAGCCAGCGAGGAGAGCGCCGACUACCGCUGCGCCAAGCACCUCACGCACAUGUCCCUCACCUUCUACCGCCUCCUGGGGUCCGGCUGGUCGGUCUCGGAGGUGCAGGACUUUGUGCAGAACACGCUGCAGCGCUCCGGCAAGGUGCACAUCUGGAAGGAGGAGCUCUUCUGGGAGGAGGUGUACUACGAUUCGGUGAUGGAGGAGCGGGAGAAGGUGAUGCGGGAGGCCCUGGAGACGCCCUGGCGGGCCUUCACCUCCGCGGAGCAGGCCGACAUCAUCGAGAAGGAGAAGAACUUCAUCUUCGGCCAGCUGGGAUCUUACUCCUGCACCAUGUUGUCGUUCGGGGUGCCCAUCGAGCGGGCCAGUGAGUUCAUCGAGCGGCACUGCGUCAUCAACUCCCUCACGGCCGACCAAAAGCAGAUGCUGCUCAACAACCUCGAUCCGCUGGCGGGGUCCUUCUCGCAGGAGGAGAAGGAGCGAGAGGUGAAGAUCCGCAAGGCCGUGUGGCUGCGCAAGCAGAAAGAGGAGUGGGCGAGGAGCCGAGAGAAGCGCCUCAAGAUGCGCAACACGCCCCCCGUUCGGCGCAUCCACCGGUCCACGUCGUCCAUCGACCCCUCGUCCUACGCCCUCGACAGGGCCUCGCCUUCCGCCUCAACAGCUGUUGGUAGUGCCGCGCCGCUCCCCAAGCAACAAUCCGCCCCGUCGCGAUCUCCACCGGACACAAAGGAGUCGCGUCCCGCCGUGCAAAAGCCGGCUCGGCGCAAGACGCGCAUCGCGGAGCUGUUCUUCAAGCCGCCGCUCCACCUCUUUUCCUUGAGCCCCGACAAGUCCGUGCGCGGCGGCAGCGGCAGCGGCGACGAUGGGAGCCCCCUCUCCCCGCGGUCCCGCGGUGGCAGCCCGUCGCCCUCCUCCCUCUCGUCCCCGCCGCCCACGUCUCCGUCUUCUUCUUCUUCUUCUCUCGACCACCACUCGGCCGAGCAGCCACGGCUCUCUCCGCGCUCGUCGUCUUCCCCGAGCGCCUCCCCGCGUUCGCUCGAGAGCGGCGGCGGUGGUGCUGCGGACGGCGGCACCAAGAAGGGGUCGUCGCGCCUGUGGCCACGGAAGGACUCCCCGCGAGCCAACGCCCGCCUCGCGUCUGACCUGACCGAUCCGCCGCACCCUGCUGGCGACGAAGGCACCACCAGCACCAGCACCAGCACCAGCAGCGGGUUGUCGGGGGUGGUGGUGCAUUCGGCUACAAUCGCGGCCCCGCGGAAUGUGGACGAGCUGGCGAGGCUCAAGCGGCACAACCAGCGGCUCGAGGAGCUCAUCGAGACCUACGAGAAGCACUUUUCCCUGGACGUCCUGGCCGCCCUCGCCUACCCCUCCCUCGCCUUCGCCCAGGUGCCCGCGCCCCACACCAAGGCCGGCUGGCUGAUGAAGCUGGUGGGGCGGGUGAAGAAGACGUGGCGCCGGCGCCUCUUUCUACUCAAGGACGACUUCCUGCUCUGCUACGCCGCCCAGGACAGCUCCUACCCGGACCACAUCUUCAGGCAACCCCCCCCCCAUGAACUCCUCUACCCCCCUCCCUUCCACACCUCCCGUGGGUGUGGGCGGGAGACCUCGCCGGGGUUGCAUCGGGGCACGACGAUCCGAUCUGUGGAGCUGUACCUGACGGCCUUCAAGGAGAUCAGGAAGGACCUGCGCGAGGGGACUGCCCCCGGAGCGGACCAGAAGCCGCGGGACCAGAGCAGCUGCCACCCGUACUGCCUCGAAAUCGCCACCAUCGUCCACGACCCACGCUCCUUCGGGGCGCGAGGGCCAACGGGCAAGCGGCUCAUGGUGUCGGCCGAUUCGGAGGAGAGCCAGCGGGACUGGUUCUACUGCCUCAAGAAGGCCGCCGCCGCCGCCAAGUGGUACAAGGACACCACGCGCGACCCCGGCUUCCUCGCCGACAAGGAGUGGACGCGGAGGCCGGUCGUGGUGGCGUCGCCCACGUAA